AUGGCUACAACACUUCCAUUAUUCUGGGACUUGUCUUCGUCCACCAAAAAGGAUCGUAUAGACGCCUCCGUGAAACUAAUAGGUGCUCUCGAACAAUUUCAAGCUCAGUAUAUUCCCAAGGAUUCUCCAGACGGUUCAGACGAUGAAGACGAGGACCAAAAUCCAAACAAUGACGGUUUAGACACCCUUAAUGCUCAAGAUGUUUCAUAUUCAAUAAGACGACUCGUGAGAGGUCUUGCUAGUCCUCGAGAAAGCAGUAGGUUGGGCUUUGCUGUCGCAUUGACUGAGUUACUCUCCAGAUUGGACACCAUCACAUGUUCUCAGACUGUGGCUCUUCUCCUAAAUUACACCAAAACAAAUGGAUCUAUGACCGGGCAAGAAGAACGCGAUAUGAUCUUCGCUCGACUAUUUGGUUUCACAGCAAUCAUUCAGUCUGGCCUUCUCGUUCGACAGAGGCCUCUUCCUACAUCUGCUUCAUCUGCAACACUUGCAUCAAGCUUGGAGGGUUUCAACGAGGUUCUUACAGAGCUGAUUGUCUUGGGCGAUAAAAAAUCCUGGCUUCGGGAAAGUGCUUGGUGGUCGAUAGGGCUUGCAAUUGAUGUACUCAGUACUUCUGAUGCACCGUGGAAGAAGGAAGCCUUUGAGGCUACUAUUCAGAGUAUAUUCGUGGAUCAGAACAUUUGGACACCCGAAAAAGUUGCUGUGGCUCUAAAAAUGCAACUAUUGGUUCCUCAACAUAACUGGCAGAAAACACUAUCAACUACAUUCAAAAGUCCCGAUUUGCUCAGUCCUGUAAAUCUUUCAGCGUUAGCACAGAUCAUGAAAGAAACGUCUUCGGAUGAUGGUGUCGCAGUGACAGUAUCCAGUAGCAACUGGAAGCCACAGAUUCACUAUGCAUGGGACAUCAUUCUGGACCGUUUACCAAGUUCAGGAGCCCAGUCCAAAAACAUUUUCCGUGAAUUCUUCCGAGUCGUAGUUGAUGAAUCAUUGUUUUCCUCUACAUCGUCUACCGAGCGCAAAUACUGGGGUUUUCAAGUCUUUCAGAAAGCUUUACCUCGAGUUGCUGCAACCGAUCUCCCACUGUUGUUCACCAAGAACUUUAUGCGUACUUGGAUAAACCACUUAUCAAAUAAUGAUCGGUAUUUGCAUAAAAUUGCGAUACAAGUGGCCAAAGACAUACAAGCAUUUGUUCAGAAAAAUCCUGCAUCAGGGCUUCCGUUUAUCCUGCAGCUCACUGGUGUCAACGGUAAUUACCAGUUCGAUAAAUUGACUAAAACCAAGACUGUGGAAUCCAUUUUGGCUUCCAUGGAUAGUGAAGGAAUCAAGAGUUAUAUAGACUAUUUAUUCCAGCAAGUCAACAACAUAGUUGAUGGGCCUGCACAAGAUGAUAUACCAGCUAUCAACGCAAGAAGAGCUUGGAUUGGUAGUCAGUUAGCAGCGUUGAUUCACAAUAAAUCAAUACCAAAAAGCGAUGACUGGAUACAACCUAUCUUGGAUUGGUUUGUUGUGAAUGGUCUAUUUAUAUUGAAGGCAAAAAAUGAAAAGAGUGUCUGCCGUGCGCUCCAUUCGUUACCAUCUCCAAGUUUCUCCGACGACUUGCGCCAGAAUUACCGUGACCGGCUUCUCAGUUGUCUGGCUGAUUUGACAGGACAGACUACUGCUAUCAAAAUAGGUGACAAGAUACAGAAAGCAUCUGCCGUUGCAGCCGAUGGAGAACUCUGGGUUUCAAAAGUUUUAUCCAGAAUAGAGCAACUGGAGAAGGACACAAAGCAUGUCUCUUCCCUUGCAGAGGAUGACGAGGAGGAUGUGGCAUUACGAACACGUGCGUUACAAGUGGUAAAAAAGCUGAAGAAGGCAUCUGACAGUCAAGGUGAACAAGCUAAGGGGGCUGAGUUACUGAUUGAGGCUAUUCUCAUCCAACAGUAUUGUGCCGAUGAAGACGCUGUAGAAAUGGAAGUUUUAGAGUCAUGUAUUGAAGCCACAAACCAAAUGUUUUUGGUCAACAAGAAAGGCAAAAAAUCCAGAAAAUCUGUGGACAAUAAAGAUGGCGAGCAAACUCCAGAUCCUAUUGAUGUUUUCGUGGAUACUAUUAUUGGAUUUUUGGAGAGGCCCUCAACGUAUAUGCGUACAACUGCCAAUCAGUCGUUCUCUUUGCUUACUGGGGCUGUACAAGAGAGCACCAUAGAGUUGAUAGUGCGACAAUUAGAGCGGAGAGACCCCGCUGAACUUGCGACAGAUGGCGACAGUGAUGAGGAAGAAGAGGUGGAAGACAAUCUUGAUGAUGAAAACGAUGAGAGUGACGAUGGUGUGACUUCCGCGGGCGAAGAGUCUGAAGACUUGGAUGAUGCCGAGGAUGCUCUUCAAGUCAGAGCGAAAAUAGAGGAAGCCCUUCGGGCAAAUGGAAUAGAGGCUGCGACCGGUGAUUCAGAUGCUGACACCGACGAAGAUCUCAUGGAUGAUGACCAGAUGAUGGCAAUUGAUGAGCAUUUAGCAGAAGUCUUCCGGUCGCGGUCCAAUGAGAAGGCAAGUAAAGACUACUCAGGUGUCGACGCUCAACGAGAGGCUACCCAUUUCAAGAACAGGGUCCUUGAUCUUAUUGAUACAUAUAUUAAGAAGCAACCGACGAGCUCCCACAACGUCCUCCUCGUAUUGCCCCUCGUCGAGAUCGUUACCACUAGUGGGCUUGACGAACGUCAGCUAGUAGAUAAGACUACAGGCCUUUUGAAGUCUAGGUUUGAAAAACCAAAGGACGUCCCAUCUAAUGCCAAUGUCGAGCAGGUCAAGACCCUACUCGAAGAGCUCCACCAGAGAGCUCGGAAGACACGUUCAUCCGAUAGUCUGACGACCUUGAGCUUCUGCAGCCUGUACCUUUCGAAAAUGUUGUUGCAGUCUAAUGCAGAAGAAUCCAUUCACCACAUAUACCAACAGUCUUUCACCGAUUUUAUCACCCGCAAGGCGUCACAUCUUAACGUCAACUUCUUUCAAGACUAUGCCCGUCGUUAUCCUCUAUUAGGCUGGAAACUUAAGACGUAUAUAAUCGAGGUUUCUGGCGAGGCAACGAAUAUCUACCGGAAAUGUCAAGCAUUCCAGCUUUUGCAAGUGAUUGUCAAUCAGUUGCCCUCAAUAAGCUAUAAGCAAGACGAAGUUGUGAAGUUCAUGACAGCUCUUCGCCAUGCUUUAUUGGAUCUGAUCUCCUCAGCUUGUGAUGAAAGGGCUGCUUUGACGGCCGCUCAGAUCAAGGAAUUGCUGAAACUUGGCCUUCUUGCUAUUCGUCAAACGACUAAAGCGCUCUCCAAACCAAGUGAUAUUGAAACUAUAUGGGAUCCGAGUUCGUGGAAAAAUGUACUCGAGAGACUCUCCUCAUCCAGUCGCUUCAAAUCGUCUACUGCACUUCUCAAAAUGUGCGAGCAGAUUGCGAAGAGCGCCAAAAUAGCAAGCCCAGAGAAGAUCAAUGGCACUAAUGGGAAGGAAGGCUCCUCCAAGCGGAAAGCCGGUGACGUGAGCGAAGGUGAAGGAGGAGGAUCCAAGAAGGCCAAACAGAAAAGGGCCAAAAAAAGCAAAGCUUGAUUGUUUCAUCUCAUACAUUCAUAUAGAAUCAUGUUUAGCUCGUAGCUCAUUCAAUGCUGUAUACCUUCCUUUCAAGCAU